ACGGGCACGGUUCAAGCGGGCAACUAUUAAGUUGAACAGUCUUGGGCGUCUUGGGUUUGCGUCAUUUCUGUAACGUUGUGUACAUUACUGGGUUAAAUAGACGUGUUACACAUAGUCUUGGAGAAUAUGCAUAAACGUACAAACGACGCAAUAAACUAAAGCAGUUGAAAACUGAACUACGAAAACGUAGUAAUCAGAUCUGACGGCUGUGACCGCUCAGACCGUGAUAUCAAAGUGGCAGUGAGUAAAAUUAAUCUGAUAUGGCCGAGGCUGCUGUACAAGAUACUCCAAUUCCAAGAUUUUUUUGUCAUAAAUGCAGUGUAGAAAUUCCCCGAGUACUGCCAGAUUUUACAUGUCCUAACUGCUAUAGUGGUUUUAUUGAGGAGUUGGAGGCACCUCCAGACCUCACAGAUGACAGCGAUACAGAAAUGGAAGAUGUGGCUCCGAUUGAGCUUCUAAGCCAGCGCCUUGGAGAGGAGUUGAAUGAAAUUCUUCUUGGUGUUGGUGGGAGCAAUGAAGAAAGAAGAGCACUGCGUGGGAGAGACCGCGAUGGGUCGGAUUCUCGCCGACCUGGAAGGUACGGCAGUAUCAUUCCAAGGCAAAGGAUUAUGAGAAACAGAGUUCCUCGAGGUAGACAGAUGGCACCAAUUGAGAAUUUGAUUCAAGACUUCCUGGUUAACUUAACGGGUGUAGGAUGGGGUGCAUUAGGUGGAGCACGUGGUGGCAAUGCCCCAGUUUUUUUCCUGGGAAAUCCUGGGGAUUAUGCAUGGGGUCGUGAAGGCCUGGAUGCUAUUGUCACACAACUACUGAAUCAGAUGGAUGGUACUGGGCCACCUCCAUUGGCCAAAGAUAAGAUCAAAGAAAUUCCAGUUGUUGUGAUAACACAAGACCAAGUUGGAAAGAAUCUGCAAUGCUCAGUCUGCUGGGAAGAUUUUAGGCUAGAUGAACCAGUUCGCAAACUACCUUGUGAACAUGUAUAUCAUGAAAAUUGCAUUAUUCCAUGGCUUGAAUUGCAUGGGACAUGUCCCAUUUGCAGAAAAAGUUUGGGUGAUGAUGGUUUAGAAGAUCAUCAGCCUGGUGCUGGAGGCAAUAACAUGAGUAAUGUGGGUCCGAGUCUUGCGGCUUUUUUCAGAGCAGCUAAUGACUCUGCCAACAGUCGUGCCUCUUCAACAUCUUCAUCAACCUCCUCAACCUCUUCAGGCUCUACAACCGGUGGUAAUGCUAGCAGCAGCAGCAGCAGUAGUCGUAGUUCACACCGUUCAGACUUCAAUAUGGAUUUAGAAUUUGAUUAGCCCUGACCACUGACCUCUCCUCACUCCACCUUUCUCCACUCAACCAAGGUACUGUAAACUCAUUUAGUGUUGACAGAAAAAAAAGCAGUUGUGCUCAAAACAAUACUGGAUUUGUUUACUGUAUACUAUUGAUGAAAACAAAAUGUAGAACCAUAUCUGCGUAACUUAUACUGUAUAUUUUAUUUUGUUUAUUUAAAAAUAUAGUGCAGAUGUGUACAUCUUCAAAGUGGAACUCCUGCCAUUUGAAAAUUAAAAUUUUUGCUUAAUUUCUUCCUUGAGAACCCCUUGUUCCUCUUGAUACAUGACUUGGUACAGCAGUGUUCUUCUGAUUCCACAUAUAUAGUAGAGAAAUAUGCAUGUUCAUCCACAAAACUUGUUACGCUUCCCCACAUUUGUAACCAGAACAAUAUAUACAAUACUUGUGUUGGUAUAAAUAGAGUACUUGUAAGUUAGGGAGGUGUCUAAAAUUAUUUUACAUUAAUGAAAACAAAAAUUAUUCUUUAAAUAUAUAUUGAAAGCCUCAUUUCUCUUGUUCUUUUUGUUUUAUCCAAACCCUCACACUCGCACACACAACACACACACACAAAUGUGUACUCUACAAAGCAUAUGCAGUAUUUUCUUUCAGUUGUUCAAGAAUUCCAAUUUUGAGGUACAAUGUGUCACACAGAGGUAAUUGUAGGCAGUAGAAUAUUGGAUGGAAAGUGUGAAGGUAUGGUGUGUGAGGUGGCUUUCUAAUAACAGUGGGUAGGUGUGUAAGAAAUAAAAGAAUGCUGCAGUGGUAGACAUUUGGAAGACUAUUUUGUGUUUAAAGGAAAGUAACCAGUGUUUGUCCAUUACUAAACUGUCCGUUGUUUAAGUUAAAAGUGAAGGAGCAUUUGAAGAAUUCCGGAAUAGAAUCUAUGAAGCAUGUGUAACAUUUUUGGAUGACAGCUGAACACUAGUAAUGUUGGAAGAAAAAAAAAGGUAUUCUUUAUAGAAAGUUCCAUCAGAACAGUCAGAAUGAAAGUAACAUAUUACUUCAUCAGUUACACAUAAGACUGAAGACUGUUCAGUACUGUACACUUCUGAAUCAUUUCCAAAGUGUAAGGAACGUUUGGCAUAAUUAACACUUUAUAUUGCUAUUCUGUCAUUACAGGAUAUUCUCUUGAGCAUUUAAAAUUAUUUAUUGCUAUUAAAGUCUGUCUACUUAUAUUGUAUAUGUACCAUACAUUCUGUAGCUUCUGUUUAGAAGCUACAAAUUUUAUGAACCCUAAUAUUGCCGGUUGAUACAGUGUAAUGUGACUAUAACAAAUGCUGAACUUUUUAAAGUAUGUUUGUUAACCCAAAGCUAAAAGUUUUCUUAGGUGGUUGAAAGAAACCUGUGUGAAAGGAAGUGCUUUGUUUAUAUGUUGGUAAUAUAAAGAGCACUUUUUUGUUUUGUUGACAAAGAACAAGCAUAAAUGCAAUGUCACAUUUUCUGGAUAACUCAGUUUUAUUAUAGAACUGAUAAGGCCAUAUGUAUAAAUCCAUGUUCAUUCAACAUUAUAUUGUCUCAGAUUUGAGAUCCUAUGCUGUACUCAUAAUUAUAAAUAAAAAGUCUGCAAUUAUA